UGCCUGUUUGGUUGGCGCUGCCUGCCUGAUAAAGCACAACAAAGCUUCCAGAGGGACAGGAAGGAUGGACGGCACGGCUGCCCCUAUCACGAAAUCUGCAGCUGCCAAGUUAGUUAAGAGAAAUUUCCUUGAGGCUCUAAAGUCAAAUGACUUCGGGAAAUUGAAGGCCAUUUUAAUCCAAAGACAGAUAGAUGUGGACACAGUUUUUGAAGUUGAAGAUGAGAAUAUGGUUUUGGCGUCUUAUAAACAAGGUUAUUGGUUGCCUAGUUACAAAUUAAAGUCUUCCUGGGCCACGGGCCUGCAUCUCUCUGUCCUGUUUGGUCACGUGGAAUGUCUUCUGGUGCUCCUGGACCACAAUGCCACGAUCAACUGUAGACCCAAUGGGAAAACCCCUCUUCACGUGGCUUGUGAAAUGGCCAACUUGGAUUGUGUUAAGAUUCUCUGUGAUCGUGGAGCAAAGCUCAACUGCUACUCCUUAAGUGGACACACAGCUUUACACUUCUGCACAACUCCAAGCUCCAUCCUCUGUGCCAAGCAACUAGUUUGGAGAGGGGCGAACGUGAACAUGAAGACCAACAACCAGGAUGAGGAGACGCCCUUGCACACGGCUGCCCACUUUGGCCUCCCGGAGCUGGUGGCCUUCUACGUGGAGCACGGGGCCAUCGUGGACAGUGUGAAUGCCCACAUGGAGACCCCGCUGGCCAUCGCAACCUACUGGGCCCUCCGCUUCAAAGAGCAGGAGUACAGCCGGGAUCAUCACCUCAUCUGCCGCAUGCUGCUGGACUACAAGGCGGAGGUCAACGCCCGGGAUGACGACUUUAAAUCUCCGCUCCACAAGGCGGCCUGGAACUGCGACCACGUGCUCAUGCACAUGAUGCUGGAGGCUGGCGCAGAGGCCAACCUCAUGGACAUCAACGGCUGCGCGGCCAUCCAGUACGUGCUGAAGGUCACCUCCGUGCGGCCCGCCGCGCAGCCUGAGAUCUGCUACCAGCUGCUGCUGAACCACGGGGCUGCUCGCAUAUACCCUCCACAGUUCCAUAAGGUGAUACAGGCCUGCCAUUCAUAUCCCAAAGCAAUUGAAGUUGUUGUUAAUGCCUAUGAACACAUCAAGUGGAAUGUGAAGUGGAAAAGAGCUAUCCCUGAUGAUGACUUGGAGAGACACUGGGAUUUUUACCACUCUCUCUUCACCGUGUGCAGUAACUCUCCAAGGACUCUCAUGCAUUUAUCACGAUGUGCCAUUCGAAGAACGUUACACAGCAGAUGUCACAGAGUAAUUCCUUUGCUUUCCCUCCCGUUGUCAUUGAAAAAGUACUUGCUUUUAGAGCCGGAGGGAAUCAUUUAUUAAGCCUUAUGAGGCAGAAGUUCCCAAUCCUAGAUCUUUAAGUGGACUCGCUGGGUAGACACAGUUUGCAUAAAUAAAAUGGUACUUGCGCUGAUUAUAACACCUCAGGGAUGUAAAAACACUUUGCAAACACUGUGUCAUUAAUCCUAGGGUAUCAUGGUGAGGGGAAAUAAACAAGAAGUAAAGUGAAGGUAUUCUCAAAAAUAAAAGCAUAUUCAGAAGGUACUGAUGUAACAAUAAUACUGUGUAUAGUGCACUUACUUGGUACCUGCUAUAAUUUUGUAAAAAUUUUCAUAUAUUAUCUCAUUUGAGAGGGGACCCAGGUUUUCUUACAACCAAUCUCAUUUUCUCUCCCUUAUCAGUAAUAAGUUUACAUUACCCUUCAGUUGCCAACAUGCAAGCCUCUGUGAUAGGCCUCUUAAUCUUUGUGUCCUCCACCCUCUCCCACUUAGCAGAAAUUACUGUUGCUAGUUUUGCCAACCCCUUUCCCCAUACCGAGCUCCUCAACUUACUUUCAGUGAAGAAAACGUGAACAUAGUCAAAACAAGGGGAUCUUGGAAGCAAAUUAGAAGUGAAAAACAAAGACUUAUCCACUUGAAAGUCGAAAUAUUCAUAUUAAUGCACUCUCACUGAGCCCAAGACCGGAGAUGCAAAGCUGAAUCCGAAGCAAGGACUCCAGCCCCCCAGGACGUCAUACUUUAGCAGAGGAUCCAGACAUUUAAGCUGGGAACUGCAGGGGCAGGUGUCAGGGGCAGGAGCGCAGAGGCAGAUUCAUUCUCAGUGCUUGCCUUUCAAAGUCAUGCUUCUUAUAUGAAGUGUGGUUUUCUUUGAAGCCUGAUGAUAAAGAGUGAAGGGGUAGUGUGAAGUGGAGGGGAUCUCAGGCUGCUGUGAGUGUGCAUGAAAAAGGACUCACUUUCAGUUUCCUGGCACAUCUAGAUAUUUUUAUUUUCGUAUCAUUUGCUGCAUUGUACUGUCCCAGGUUCCCUGGGGAAAAUAUUGCACACUCGAUGGCUCCCAUGUAUGUCACAAACAAGUUUUAGAAAGUGUGUGCACGGAAAUGUAUGAAAGGACUUCGUUUGGUUACUUCAGUCUUUUCAUGUAAGAGACUGACAUUUCAAAGCAUUUUAGCUAGAAGAUGAGAAUUUUGCUGGUGAUGGCUGGGUGCAGAAAGCACAUAGAGACACUUUGAAAAUAGUAGGAGUUUGAGAAACUUGGAAAGGCUAGUGUGUUGAUCAGGUUUGUUAACGGUUUGCAGAAAGAGAAAUGUAGAUGGCUAACCUUUGGAAUUCAUGGUUUAUGAGGCCACUUUUCACCUCACAUAUUUGUUCUUGCUAGUAGUCACUUUUAGAUAUGCUCAGAGACUUUCGGCAUUACGUUUUACAGCUUACAUCAGAAGUAAUUAAGCACAGAUAAAUCUAUUUGCCAGUUGUGAGCAGGAUUUUUUUCCAGGGCUGGGGUGUAUGUACAUGUGUAUGUUUUUCCAUCUUGUUGAAGUUUACAGGCUUGAGUUUUGAGUAGAAAUGAAGUCAAAUAUUCCACUCGCCUGCCAUCUAGACUGUGCUUCGCCUCUUGGGAUUUGCAUUCUCCUGGUGCUGUGUAGGAAAAAUAAUGUAGAUGCAAUAACCUUUCUAAAGUAUCAGUUCUACUCAGAUAUUUUGGGAGGAAUCUUUUGUACGGAAAUGAGAUCUGUAUUAUGGAAUAGAACACCGUAUAUGUGUGAACUAGUCAUAUAAAACAUGAUCUUUAAAAAAAACAGUUUACUUGCAGCAAGUUGUGUAGAACACAUUCUAGAAUGCCAGGUGGAGCUGUUGCCCCCCCCCCACCCCCACACCCUUCGCUAGUUUCAGGAGUAUUCUGGCGAAAUAUUUGUGAUCCUGACUUCAGCGGUAAUGCUGAGGCUGAGGACGAAAGGAGAGAGGAUGUUCCUUGCAUGGGGAAAUAACGUUUCUUAGGCUGCCCGCUGUGCUUAGGCUUUCUGUGUUAAUCUAGUGUAUGAUACAGAACAACUCAUUUUGGAUGGUUUAUUUGUAGAUUUAAAGUCGUUUCUCCUCAUCUUUGAACCUUCAUUUAGAGGACUUAAAUAAAGCUCUUCCCUUUCCUUUCA